AUGGAUGAGGUAGAGACGUCUAUGAGGGGAAGGGUACCGAAGGCGGACGCUCAAAGCUGCCCCAUCCUCAUGUCACGACUCGGAAUCGUGCACCUGGACUUGAAGCCGGAGAACUUCGUGAUAGUGCGGGGCAUGCUGAAGCUUAUUGACCUGGGUAUUAGCCAGCGUCUGCCCGUCGACUGCACGCAUAUGGACUUGCACAAGCCCAUGGGCUCCAUCGUCUACAUGAGUCCUGAGCAGCUCAGUUGCAUUGUCGGCGGCAAAUUCGCCAACUCCGAUGAUGGAAUCGAUGCAAAGGUUCGCCUCAAAACGGAUGUGUGGGCACUGGGAGUGAUCCUCUAUGAGAUGCUACAUGGUCGAUCGCCCUUCGGCAGGACUCAGCAGGCCGCCAUCAUGAGUGCAAUCCUCUCACCCACCGUCUCCAUCAAUUUUCCUCGCGUGGAUAACGCCAAGCUCAAUGAGGCCCUGAGGCGCUGCCUCGUUCGAGAUAUCAGAGAGCGAGCCUCUAUUGACGAUCUCCUGGAAGCACAAACCCCUCAGGAAUAA